AUUCCUCAUAAAAGGCCUUUGGUUCUGAGUGUCUCACACUCUCUGUCUUUUCCCCUUUUUUUAUUAUCUUUUUUCUUUAAAAAUCGAGCUCUCUUUUCUCAGUUUCCCUUUCUCUUUUUGACAAAGAGAGAGAGAAGCUAGGCUAUGGUGGAGGAGCAACAACUGCAGAUGAAUGAUGAUGAUGAUGUGGAGUCUAUAAUGGUGAUGAUGAUGAUGAUGAUGAAGAUGGAAUGGCUGCUGUUCUGAAAAUGGCUGAACAAAGCAAAACUACCAACACCAACAAUGCCAACACUACAAACACCCCAACUCAUCUGCAACACCAACAAGUAAAACCAGCAGCAAUGUUUCACGAUUUCCUGGGAAUGAAACCUUCUAAUUCCUCUGUCGUUUUAGCCCCUAAACCCACUGAUGCAAGGUUUUCAGAGGCUUCACCGUCUCCUUCAGCCUCCGUCGCCGCUUCUUCCGGUGGUGGUGGUGCUGGCCGUGGACCCAUCUCUUCCACCUCCGAUCUGGGUUCUGUAGAAAGGCAGGCUGGUAAUCAUCUUGAGGGGAUUCCAUACUAUGGUCCAAGGAGUGAAAUAUCCGGGCCAGAUAUAAACAACAGUUUGGCUGGAAGUAAGAGAAGUUUUUCAGAUUCGGCCUUUAUGGGUCAUGAAUCUCUUGAGAGCUUGCAUUUGAUGAAGAUGCUUCGCAAUGGGGCUGGAGGAGAGCGGCCUAGAAGGUCCAACGAGGACGAAGUAUUCCUUGGUAUGAAGUCAAUGAGGCCUUCUUCUACAUCUCUUAUAUUGCAGCCUCCCGCUGGUAGCCGACUUGAAGGUAAUGCUUCCAAAUGGGAACGGUCUGUCCCCUCAGCAGUACAGUAUGCUUCUCGUGGUGGUCACUUUGUGCCUUUUGUGCAUCAAGUAUCUUCAAACAGGUUCAAGGAUACAACUGUUGGUCCUUCUGUUAUCUCUCAAGCAGCUGCCGAUGAAGGAUCUAGAACUGGAAUUAAAGGCCCUGGAAUUUUGAGUUCUAUUAAUGCUAGCGGUGUUCCCACUGAAAAGGGUUCAUCUGCGAUAGUGCCAAGUGGGGGCAGGCCUAAGACUGGGGCUCAUAAUUCAGAUCCCGAGCCUUUAGUUCCUCCGAGUCGACAGGGAUUAACAUCUGCCAGCCGACAAAUGACUAUAUUUUAUGGUGGUCAGGCUCACGUCUUUGAUGAUGUGCACCCGAACAAGGCAGAUGUAAUAAUGGCAUUGGCUGGAUCAAAUGGAGGAUCUUGGUCGACAACCUACUCUCCUAAAUCUGCUGUGAGGACAGGGGAAAAUUAUGCACCCGGCGGGGAACCUGAAGCAGUAGGAAGCAUUGCUUUCUCACGUGAACUUCGGGGAAAGAUGGCUGUUACUGGUAAUGCAAGUCAAGCAACUGGUUCCGGUGAACGAAUCCCGAUACAAACAGGGGUUCCUCAAGGCACAAUUGUUAUGGCUAGAGAUGGAAGAAACCUGGAAGCUGGUACUGAAGAUAAAAGAGAGGUAUAAAGUUUAAGCAAAGUUUUCGGAAUAGCUUCAAAUCCAGAUAUUUCAGAAAUUGCAGAUUUCCAACCUGCUAUCAUCUCUACUUAUUAGGAAUAGUCCCAUCCAUUUCAUGUCUCUGUCAUUAAUGCUUAAAACUUGUUCGAAUUUUUAACUUAAUUUCUGGGUAGAGCAGCAUAUAAGAACAGCUUCUGAGUCGAAUAGCAAUGAACCCCCUGCAUUUGCGUAA